AUGUGGGCCAAGGUGUCGCCGUUCACGUUUGAGUACGUCGAGGACUACAAUUCGGUGGAUGUGCAGAUAAGCUUCCAGUAUAGGGAGCAUGGGGACGGGAACCCAUUCGACGGGGUAGGGGGGAUACUGGCACACGCGUUCAGCCCGCCGGAUGGAAGGCUACACUACGACUCGGACGAGCUGUGGGUGGAUGGGGUGGUGAAUGGGGCGUUUGAUAUGCAGACGGUGGGGCUGCACGAGCUGGGACACGUGCUGGGGUUGGCGCAUUUGAACGGACCGGGCUCGAUUAUGUACCCUUACGUUAGUAGUGGGACUCGGGCGGUUUUGACUGAGGAUGAUGUUGAUGAGAUCAGGAGUUUGUACGGUGGUGUACCAUGA